CGCAGCCAUUUUGGCACCGAGCAGAUGUUUUUUUAGCACCGGUACCGCAGUGCUGUGGCUGCGGGCAGGCGCUCCGCAGAUGUGGCAGUGGGCGGCCCCCGCGCGGCUGGCGAGGCAGCCGGUGCUGACGGGUCGAGGCACCAACGGCAUCACGCCCGGCUCGUGGCCCAGCGCCUCGACUGCCAAGGCGGCGCCGUCGCAGCGCCGCGCCUUCGCCACGGGCGCGCCGAAGGGUCUGGCCCUGCGUCUUCAGCAGUCCAGUGGCGGUGCGAGCGCGAGCAGCACGGGCCACGGCGCUGCCGCCGCUCGCGGCCACGGGGGCGCCGCAGGCGUGCUGGCUGCUGGGGCGGCCGCGCUGGCUUGGAGGGGCCGGCGGCGCCGGCCGGGGCUCCAGCCGUGCGGCGGCAGGGCCCUGCACCAGAGCGCGAGGGGCGCGGGUCCGCAGCAAGGCCCGCUCAUUCGAGGAGGACGGCCUUGCGGUCUCUGUGGGCAGCUUGCCUCGGAUGGGGACUUCGGUGAGCUUGGCAUAUUUUAUUGUGCCACAUGCGCGACUACCAGGGAACGGGCACGCCGACGCCGCGAAGGAGGCGAAGCGGCCUCCUGGGCCGACGGGCUGGGCACCGGAGCGCUCGCGAGCUCCUGGGAGGCCUCCGUCUUCGCGCGGGCGGAGAGGAGCAUCUCGGAGGGCGACAUGCAGGGGCUCCGAGCCUGCGCGCACCUGCGGCCGGCGAUAUGUGCCAAACGAGGCGCGGCUGACCGCACCCUGCUGCACUCGGCCGCCCUCGCCGGCAGCACCGAGGCCGUGGCGCUCUUGCUCGAGACCUUCAGUGCCGAGUACGGUCCGCACGUGGAGGUGGGUCAGAGCGUAGAGCUGUUCCAGGAUGCCUUUGGUAUCACUGCAGGGGAGCUUGCAUUCGCCGCGGGCCACCAAGAGGUUUUUGAUUUGCUGGUGACGAGCGCCUGUGACAGGCCCCGGCCUUCGAACUUCAGCUCGGAGCACAAUAAGGCCUACGUCAAGCAGAAGCUGAAGUACGAGGGCGAUGUUCUCUAUGACGCUGAUGGGAAGGGCAUUAUGAUGGGCUGGGAAACCCCGCUGAUGGUCAGGCAUGCGGACUUGAUCGCACCCGCCCCAGGAAAAGCCGUGCUCAACGUUGGUUUCGGCUUGGGGAUCAUCGACGGCCUCCUCGAGGAGAGGAGUCCGAGAUCGCACUGCAUCUCGGAGGCGCACCCUGAUGUGUACGCGGAGAUACAGAGGCGCGGGUGGCUGGAAAAGGGCCAUGUCCAGGUUUGCUUCGGACGGUGGCAGGACGCAUCGGAUCAGAUAGCGAGUUGCGGACCAUUCGACGGCAUUUUUUUUGACACGUGGGCCGAGAUGUACGGCGACAUGCUUGAGUUCUUUAUGCGCCUGCCGAGGAUACUGCGUCCGGGUGGGCGCUUUUCGUUCUUCAACGGAAUGUCCGAGGCCAACAUCUUCGCCCAGGCCAUUUCGUGCCGCUGCUCCCAGAUGGACCUCUCCAAGCUCGGGUUCGUAUGCAUGUUCGAGCCUGUUCACAUUGGCGCACUGGAAGAGGAGUGGCGCAAAGUGGUACUGCAGUAUUGGUCACUGGAAACUUAUUACGCGCCCGUUGCCAUCUACGUGCCGGACGGGAAGCCCUUGGCGCCAGAAGACAUAUCUGACUUGCAGACGUCGGGCGGCACUCUUCGCCCCAACGCUGUUCAAGUCGGGGACCGUGUUGGUGCGUGCUUGGAGGACAAGCUGCGCCGAGCGGCAUCGGCGGGCUUCUGGAGAGAUCGUUGAGCACAGCGAGCCCUCCACGAACCCAGUUCAAUUUUUUGUCCGUGCUCGUCCUUGGGUGCACUGCGCUCUUGCUGGUCUCGUGAGGCACAGCUGGGACAGGCGACGCUCCAGGUGCACGCCGGAUGCUUCUAUCACAGCUGAAAAAGAUGUUUGCGCCUC